ACCACCACGUGCUUGCGCCUAGUACUUCCCACAUCAAGCAUAAGCGCUCGAGGAAACAGAAGUUAGCAAUGGGGAGACAGCCGUGCUGCGACAAGGUGGGGUUGAAGAAGGGGCCGUGGACGGCGGAGGAGGACCAGAAGCUCGUCAGCUUCCUCCUCAACAACGGCCAGUGCUGCUGGCGCGCCGUGCCCAAGCUCGCCGGGUUGCUGCGUUGCGGGAAGAGCUGCCGGCUGCGGUGGACCAACUACCUGCGGCCGGACCUGAAGCGCGGGCAGCUGUCGGAGGAGGAGGAGAAGACGGUGAUCGACCUGCACGCGCAGCUGGGCAACCGGUGGUCCAAGAUCGCGUCGCACCUGCCGGGGAGGACGGACAACGAGAUCAAGAACCACUGGAACACCCACACCAAGAAGAAGCUCAGGAAGAUGGGCAUCGACCCCGCCACCCACAAGUCCCUCCAGCCCGCUCCUCCUGCUCAGGAGCUGCAGCCGGAGGAGGAGAAGACCGCCAUGUCAGGUGCCGGAUUCGGACACGAGGUGCCCAUGGUGAACCUCCUGGACGACGACGACGACGUCGUCGUCGAGCCACCCGCGGUCAACAGCGGCAUCAGCACGGCUUAUUCGCCCGGGCCUUCCUGUUCCUCCUCCUCCUCUCCCUCCUCCUCGUCGUUAUCCUACUACUCGUCGGCAGCAGCGUCAAGUGGCGGCAGCAGCAUCGUCGAUGGCGAGUGGCCGGAGUGGCCACAGAUGAUGGAAUGGCCGGAGCCGAUGUGGUGGCUGGACGACGUGGUGACGGGCCCCACAUCGUGGGAGUUUGAGGAUCCCUUCGUCACGUACCAGAGCAUCGAGUUAUUCGGUCACCACGAGACAUGGUGAUCGUGGAAACCCAAACAAAUCGAAGAGGUGACGAGCAACAUGAAGUGACGAGGUGAAAGGUUCUGGUCCGUGGAGAGGUGGACAUGGCCGGACUAGCCUGCCGACCUGCCCCAGAGGCCAAGGCCCAAUGCACGGCCGCUGCGACGGGCGGUGACAGCGGAAGGAGCCCUCAGUGAGCGCGCGAUCAAAGCUUAGACUAAGCAGACAGCAGGGUCAAUGGGAAAUGAUACGCGAGAAUUUCGGGAAUGUAAAAAAUGCCUUUUUUAUACAACCAUGCUGUACCAAAAUAUCUUAAGGUAGUCCCAAUCAAAAAACUAUGCACUAUGGGACGCCAUGUCACACACCAGCUAACUAUAGCUCCCAAUGCAUAAUUUAUAGUUGUGGUUACAAAAUAAAUUCCUCCAAUGACUUUUCUCCUCUCCCUACCAAUCCGCUUCCUCCCUUCUUUUUAAUUUUAUCUUGGUAUUUGUGAUA